AUGUUAUCCAGAGUUAUUAAUCGUGCUUCAAGAACUGUCAUUAAUCAAAAAAGAUGUUUAUCUUUACAUGAAUUCCGUUCAGCUGCCUUAUUAAAAUCAUACGGUGUCGGUGUUCCAGCCGGUGCUGCUGCUACCACCCCAGAAGAUGCUUUCAAAGCUGCUAAAUCAUUAGGUACUAAUGAAUUAGUUAUUAAAGCUCAAGCUUUAACUGGUGGUAGAGGUAAAGGUCAUUUCGAUAACGGUUUCCAAGGUGGUGUUAAAGUUAUCUCAUCUCCAGAAGAAGCUCAAGAAUUAGCUGAAAAAAUGUUAGGUCAUAAAUUAAUCACCAAACAAACUGGUGCUGCUGGUAAAGAAGUUACUGCUGUUUACAUUUGUGAAAGAAGAGAUGCUUUAACUGAAGCUUAUUUAGCCAUCUUAAUGGAUAGAGGUACCCAAACCCCAAUGAUUGUUGCUUCAGCUCAAGGUGGUAUGGAUAUUGAAGGUGUUGCUGCUAAAGAUCCUUCAGCUAUCAAAACUUUCCCAGUUUCUUUAGAAGAAGGUGUUACUGAUGCUUUAGCCACUGAUAUUGCUAACGUUUUAGGUUACACUGAUGCUGCUAUCCCAGAAGCUGCUAAAGCCGUUCAAAACUUAUAUAAAGUCUUCAUGGAAAGAGAUUGUACUCAAGUUGAAAUCAAUCCAUUAUCUGAAACUCCAGAUCACCAAGUUUUAGCUAUGGAUGCUAAAUUAGGUUUCGAUGACAAUGCUUCAUUCAGACAAGAAGAAGUUUUCUCAUGGAGAGAUCCAACUCAAGAAGAUGCUCAAGAAGUUGAAGCUGCUGAAUAUGGUCUUAAUUUCAUUAAAUUAGAUGGUAACAUUGCUAACAUUGUUAACGGUGCUGGUUUAGCUAUGGCCACUAUGGAUAUUAUCAAAUUAUAUGGUGGUGAACCAGCCAAUUUCUUAGAUUGUGGUGGUACUGCUACUCCAGAAACUAUUGAAAAAGCUUUCGAAUUAAUCUUAAGUGAUAAAAAAGUUAAUGGUAUCUUUGUUAACAUUUUCGGUGGUAUCGUUAGAUGUGACUAUGUCGCUCAAGGUUUAAUUGCUGCUACUAAAAACUUCAAAUUAGAUAUCCCAGUUGUUGUUAGAUUACAAGGUACUAAUAUGGCUAAAGCUAAAGAAAUGAUCGAUAACUCCGGUUUGAAAUUAUAUGCUUUUGAAGAUUUAGAUCCUGCUGCUGAAAAAAUCGUUGAAUUAGCUCCAAAAGCUUAG